AUGAUUAUCAGUCGACAAGUUGUAAAUCACCAGAAAAUAAUGCACCCCAAGGUAGUUGCCGUGGUCUUCGUGUGUUUUGUAGCCCUAGUGGAUUCUUCUCCAUAUGAUUUGGGACAAGAUGGGCACUAUAAUCCUAAUCAUCUCCCCAUCCUUGUGAAUGACGGUCUACGAGACCAUGACAACAUAGAGUUUGAGAGUAGGAACAAAAUAAGCUCAGCUACAAACGACGGUGUCCCCGUAAUUGUGGAAAUUCUUGUCGUAGUAGACAAAGAAUUAGCUGACGUAUUUAAUCAAGACGAAAAAAAGAUUUACGAGUAUUUGGACGGCUACUUGCGGGAUAUAAAUAUGCGCUAUAUGUCUCUAAAACUUUCAACCGUAUCGGUUAAAAUCAGUUCGGUAUUGAUAAUGAAGGAUUACGAUUCACAACCAUUCAUCGAGCAAGCCAGGGCGGAAGAUGGAAGAGUACAUCUGAGCCGAAUCUUAAAUUUAUUUACUCCGUGGUUGCACAAAAAUCGGGAUAAUCUCCCACCCUUUGACAUCGGAACACUAAUGACAAACGCUAAACAAGAAGUCUGCUGUGGUGUGGCAUACCGUCAGUCAGCAUGCGGAGUUGGUCCUGCCAUCUGGAUUGAUGAUGGACGUUAUAAAACAGCUGAAGUUGCGGCGCAUGAAAUUGCUCACACGUAA